AUGAUGGUAGCUAACAGCUUUGAUCUAUGGCAAAAGGAUGUUUUUUUCUCCGCAGCCGAAGAGGUUCAAGAAUCUGCCGAUAUAAUGGAAUCUGCAUACAGAUUGUGGAUUAAAGAGAAGAGAGAAGGUCGAGUCUCUGUAGAAUCAGACGAGCUCUGCAAAGAGCUUCAAGCAGCUCUGAGCACAGCUAAAUGGCAGCUGGAGGAGUUUGAGAGGGCAGUGAGGUUGAGCCAUAGACAAUGCCGAGACGACACUACGUUAAGCAGGCAUAAACAGUUUCUGACGGCUAUCGAGAACCAGAUCUACCGAGUGCAGUCUUCUCUGCAAGAGGCGUUAAGCGAGAACGGGAAGCAGCAACCUCUGCGUUGGGUUGAUCUCAACAAAGAGGAGCGUGACGACCUAGCCAUGUUUCUCUCCGGAUCUUCUCAUCAAACCUCUGAGAGUUUCAGCAGUGAGAGAGACUCCUCAACAAGCUCUGUGAUGAUGAUGAACAACAGCAGAAGAGAGUGUGUUGUGAUAGACAUUGAAGAAGAGAGAGGAAGCCCUGAAAGCGCUGAUGGGAUAAUCCGCUUGCAGGCUGAUAAGAAAGGCGGUGCAAGAAGAACAUGGAGCUCGCCGAAUGUGCCUAAUGUCAGUGCGUUGAGGAUCAAUGUUCCUGUUGAUUCCAAAGAUGAAGAAGAGAGGGAGAAGUUUGUGUCACAGGUCGAAGCAACGCCUAAAGAGAAAGGAUCUAAACCAAUAUUUUGGUUGCAGAGAUGUCGUGGUGAUUAUAAUCAGGUCCUUGACAGAGUAAGAUAUUAUCAAAGGCGGUUUCGUGUUCAAUUUAGCCGCCCGAUUCAGCUCAUUCUUUCCUUAACACUAGUCUUGUUUCUUCUAUUACUCUUUGGAGUUUAUUAA